AUGCUCCGGAUCCUUGCGGCCCUCUCGGCCGGCACGGCGCUGCAGGACCUUCAGACAAAGUAUUUUGUUCAUGUACCCUUCCAAGCCGCAUUGGUUUUGUGCGGUGCUCGUCCUUGGGCCGACUUUGCAGAUCUGCUGUCACCCCCUGAAGCUCCGUGGGCGCUGCCAGAAGAGAACGGCCUGGGAGGUUUCUUCCUCGAUUCGACUGAUCGUCGUCCUUUUUUGCGGAAAGACAGGCUCGAAAAUGUCCGGAAAGCUGGAAUACCGUUGGCUGGUCUCAGCAUUUUUUUCAGACACCAAGGCGGCAACCUCAUGAACUUCUCGCUCUUGGAUUGCGCAAUUCUUUUUGAACAAUCGGACUGCGCAGGUUUGCUGGCCACUGUGGGCACUGAGCUGUCUGACCUUGUUUGCUAUCUUUUGCGAAGGCUGGAUCCAGAUCCUGCACGCCAGGCUGCGGCGAUGGCAGCAGCCCGUGCGGCGUGGCAAAUUGCAUUGAAGUCGGAGAUUUCAGCCAAAGGAAUUGCUGUCUACCAGGCCAUGAAGAAGCUUUCACAGGGGAGAUCUUUUCCAGCUUUGCUGGUGGAUGAGGUGGUGGCUUUCUCUACGGAGGUUCCGAAGGUCAUCAAGGAUUUAGAUUUGUGGGAAGAUGCAAGUUUUUUGCUUUCGCCAACAUCCCAAGUUGAGAAAGAAUUGCAGAAAGCUGGGAGUUCAGAUGGUGCAGACUUUGCACAUAUGACUCCAUAG